GGAGUUCUUGGUUUCCUCCGAUUUCUUAUGAACCCAGGAUGGGCAGCAAGGAAGAUGCGGGCAAAGGGUGUCCGGCGGCCGGCGGCGUCUCCAGCUUCACCAUUCAGUCCAUCCUGGGCGGGGGCCCCUCGGAGGCGCCGAGGGAGCCGGCCGCCUGGCCGACCAGGAAGCGCAGCCUGUCCGUGUCCUCGGAGGAGGAGGAGCCGGACGACGGCUGGAAGGCACCCGCCUGCUUCUGCCCAGACCCGCACGGCCCCAAGGAGCCCGGCUCCAAGCACCACCCCCCCAUCCCCUUUCCUUGCCUGGGUACCCCCAAGGGCAGCGGAGGCGCGGGGCCGGCGAGCUCGGAGCGCAAGCCUUUCCUUUCUUCUUCGCACCCGGACUUUAAGGAAGAGAAAGACAGGCUCUUGGCCGCGGGCUCACCGUCGCCGGGGCCCGAGCGGCCGCGGGACAGCGGCGGCGCCGAGCGGCAGGCGGGCGCGGCCAAGAAGAAGACGCGCACGGUCUUCUCGCGGAGCCAGGUGUACCAGCUCGAGUCCACCUUCGACAUGAAGCGCUACCUGAGCAGCUCGGAGCGCGCCUGCCUCGCCUCCAGCCUGCAGCUCACCGAGACCCAGGUCAAGACUUGGUUUCAGAACCGCCGCAACAAGUGGAAGCGGCAGCUCUCUGCCGAGCUGGAGGCGGCCAACAUGGCGCACGCGUCGGCGCAGACUCUGGUGGGCAUGCCGCUGGUGUUCCGGGACAGCUCGCUGCUGCGCGUGCCGGUGCCGCGCUCGCUCGCCUUCCCCGCGCCGCUCUACUACCCGGGCAGCAACCUCUCGGCCUUACCUCUCUACAACCUCUACAACAAGCUCGACUACUGAGAGCGGCCCGCCGGCCCCGCGCCGCGCGCCCUCCCGCCC